GCUCACACUAACGUUUAAAUGUAGGUUAAUGUGUCCAAAAUUUUCCUCCAAGGUUUGUGUAGGGAGCGCUAUGGGAGUGCUGAACUCAUAAAAUAAAUGCCCCAUAGGUGAACUAUGGAUGCUGGUAACUAUUAGUAGUACUCAUUUUCUCUUGCAAAGCAUUUUAAAUAUUGGUUGUGUUUCAAGCACUUCAGUAACGCUACGUUAAAAGGACGUGUACGACAACCACCAGAUUAUUUCUUUUAAGGAUUUUAUUGUGCAGUUGCAAACUCGCCGGCUGCGCUACGCAAUCUGCGUCAUCUCCGAUUCUUCAUUCCUCACUACUGACACAAACAUCGUAACGGUAGAGAUGGCGACCAGGAUGUCAUAUGUUACCUAGCCUAAGAGCGAUGUUUUGAGAUUAUCCGUCGGACAAAGAGUUCGUUUUAUCCCUUUCGCAUCCUUGAGUAGACAGACAUUAUGGAGGAAUCGUGGGAUUUUGAGUUUUUGUCCCGCAUCGCUGACAGCUGCUUGUCGUUCCUCUCGGAAUUUGUUGACGACUGGCUCGCCAACGAUAUGAGAGUCUCCAUAUUUAAAAUCUUACUCAGCUGGCUAAUUUUUAGUCUUAUUGCAAUUCACUUUGCAUGGAAAGUCUACGGGAACACAGUGAACGAUAUGUAUUACCGACAGGGGACUGGACAGAACGGAGGCACACCUGAUACAGCACAUCACCUGAGUGGAUGGGAAAGUAGAGCAUCAGAUACCAUGAAGACUCAUCGAGAUUAGCAGGACUAUGAUGUUGGACUUCAUCCAAGUGACAACUGGACGAUUUACAUCUCUCAGACACACUGAGUGCAUCUUCCCUCUGCUGACAGCUAGGAGAAACAUCAGUCAUCUUUUUCAUCCAUACCAACAGUGACAAACUGACACUCUCAAAAUGAACCAUACAGUGCUGUGCUGUUAAUUUAUUUUGCCCUGCCAGCAUUUGACACCGAAGAGAGAGAGAGACUUUUUUUAACGAAGAGGCCUUGAUACACAUGUGAAAAAUACUGAUGGGUUUGUGUGUAAAUGAAUGGUGUUGUAAGAACACUGUUAAAAGGAGAAGUGAAAUAUUACAUUCUCACCACGACCAAAAAUAAAUACAGUAUCUUUCAAAACAGGACAUGCAGGAUUAUGUGGAUGAAUUUUUUAAAUCAUCAACAAGAGCAAGUGAAUGAUGUGCAUGUGCCUUGUUAUGAUUAGGAAGAUUAUCUGCAGUGGACAUGUUUUUUUUUUCUAUCACUACUACUUUCAUGCAGUAAAUAAUGCACAUGGUCUUUUGGAAUACAGAUCCAUAAAAAAUGGUUCAUGUAGUAAAUAUUACAUUAUUUUUGCACAAAAUUGGAACUGUAUUUAAGAGGGGAUACAGCUUGCCUUUGUGAUAAUAUUCACCUGCUCCCAUUCAUUUUUUUCAACACUGACUCACAACUCCUGUGUCAUGUGAAGUCCCUACAAAUUGAUGAAAAUUAGGUAGGGAUAUAAAAUAUAAAAUGAUUGAUACACGAGCACAUUCACCCUGUUCAUGAUACACUUGAAGGGCACAAUUUGAAUGAAAGUCACCUGUGUGUAAUCAAGAUGUCACAAAUGAUUUUACAAUAUGUAUCCAUAGGACCAAGAAGUAGUUCAUUUCUUGGCAAAAAUGCAAAGAUAAAGGAAUCUUCUUAAAUAUUUAACAAAGAAAAAAAAACAAGGAAAAGGACCCAAAAAAUUUCCAAGGCACCCGAUAUUACUGAGGUUGAUGCAGUUUACACCAUGGCUAUCACUAUGGUGGUUGAUAAACAAGACACUACAGAAUAUGUCUGGAUCUGGACUGUAACACAAAUUUACCAGUAACCCACCAUGAAGCGCACUAGUGCAUUGUGGGAUGUUUCUGUAAAGCAGAAGUUAAUGCUGCAAAAUACAUGGAAACGUGCUGCAUUUUGCAAGAGAGCCAGAAACACCUUAAGAACAAUGUUAAUGUUCUGAAACAGCUAAUUCAGUGUCCACACUUGAAUCCAAGUCAUAAUUUGAAGCAAGACAUGGAAAACCGGUGCUCAUGCUAUCCCCUUGUCACUCAAAGGUGAUCAGUCAGUCCACUGUUUAUAAGCUUUUUGUAUCCUGCUGAAACAUUAAUGCUGAUAAUAAAGCUAGUGAUACUUUUU